AGCAUUCGGCACUUCCUCACUCACUCACUCACUCACUCGCUGCACAGGUUGUGAGCUCUUCGGUUUCAGUUCUCGCAUCAUCGUCGUAUGUAUUGUUGUUGUAUGAUUCUCGCAAUCCGGACGGAGGUCGUUGUGAGCGGCAGCCUUAGUAGUGCAAGUUUCGUUGCGAGUUCGGCAUCUAUCUGGUUGUUGUUAUUCAGAUUGCCAUUGGCUUUGCUCCGUUUCUGUAUCCGAGCACCACUGGUGUGAGGGGAGAGACGCAGAGGGAGGGAGGGAAGGGAGGGAGGGAAGGGAGGGAGGGAGCCGCAUCCGAGGCUGAACUUUUGUUGAUUUGUCCCCGUUUGUGUAAUUUUUUUCGUCAUUCGGUCUCGGGGUUUGUAAUUGGCGCAGAGGUGGAGGUUUUGACGGGCGAACUGAGAUCGUUCCGUUGUGGAGUUGAAGGAAUGUGAGGUUAUGAACCACGCAUGAGCAUAAAUAGAACCUCAAGGGGCAUACUCACAGCCGGAAAGGAAUUGUGAAGAUUUGUCAAAGUGGAUUUUUUCAAGAGCAGGGUUCGUGCUCUGAAAAGGCGUGGACUUCCCCGUAUUCCUCCAGAAGUAGCAACAGCCAUGCAAGCGCCUUUUGCACCCGGCAAAAUGAUCAUGGGAGUCAUCUCCAAUAGGAUUCCCAGGUCUGAAGCGAAGCCUGGUGACCAUAUUUAUUCCUGGAGAUCAGCAUACACGUAUGCACAUCAUGGAAUUUAUGCAGGCGAUGAUAAGGUCAUUCAUUUCACUCGUGGUCGAGAUGAAGAACUGGGCACUGGUACCGUUCUUGACGUGCUCUUGAUUAGCUCAAGACCAGAAUCAGCAACUGCAAAAUGCGACAAAUGCGGGAUGGAAGGCACCAGUAACGGCGUAGUGUUAUCUUGCUUGGAUUGUUUUCUUGUCGGCUGUCCACUGUAUCGAUUUGAAUACAACGUUGAUCCAGUGACAUUCUUUGCGAAAGCUCGUGGUGGGACCUGCACCCUAGCCAAAUCGGAUACUGCAGAAGUUGUACUGCACCGAGCAAACUAUCUUCUCAACAACGGUUUUGGGCUGUACCACAUUUUCCACAAUAAUUGUGAAGACUUUGCCAUCUAUUGCAAGACGGGCCUGUUGGUGAUAGAGCGCAACAUGAUUGGACGGUCGGGUCAAGCGGCGUCUGUCAUUGGGGCACCAUUUGCUGCUGUAGUUUCCUCACCCCUGAAGUUUAUGAUGACCAGUCCGUGGGGGUUCGCAGCAGUCACUGCAGGAGUGUACUGUUUUAGCAGGUAUGCAACAGAUAUUGGCGUGCGUCAGGACGUGGCCAAGGUUGCUGUGGAAGAUUUGGCGACCAAUAUGGGGUGGUUCACCCCUCCUGGUACGGCUGCAGCUGGACUGAUCGGCACUUCCACUAUAACAGUCGUCUCUGCUUCAACAGGCAGCAAUUCACCUUCCAAGUAGCCCAAGUGUGUGAGUUAUUCCGGAGGCUAUCUCACACAAACUUCGGAGUACUCUAGUGAGGAUCUUGGUUUGAGAGAAUUGCUGAUUGGUACAAGUAGUCAGAUUCAAGGGCAUGCCGAAACUAUAUUGCUUUGGAUUUUGUAUAGGAGGUACUCAGGAGUUGCAUUUAAUCCAUUUCUUGCCUCAGGUACAGCUGCCCUUAUGAUUUGCACGCGUUUGUUAAAUGGGUUUUUUUAUCACCCACAGAACAUUUUAUAGUUUGAUGACAUAGUAAUCCAUCUGGAUGGACACAUAAAUUUUGUAAUAACAAUCCUGUUAUCUUGGGGAUUCAAAAACUAAAAUUGAAAUCCUUUGGUUUGGAAAUUUUAUUAUCCACAA